GGGAGAGAGGGGCGGUGCCGUGGGCGGAGCGCGGACAGCUCCGGUGCUGAUCGCGGGGCGGGUUUGCCGGCAGAGUCCGGGUGGGCAGCGGGCGGCGAGCGACAGCGGGACGAGCGGCGGCCGCGUCCGACAAUGAGGCACGAAGCGCCCAUGCAGAUGGCGUCUGCUCAAGAUUCCAGAUAUGGCCAGAAAGAUACAUCUGACCAGAACUUUGAUUACAUGUUCAAACUGCUCAUCAUUGGCAACAGCAGUGUUGGGAAAACCUCCUUUCUAUUCCGAUAUGCUGAUGAUUCCUUCACUUCUGCAUUUGUGAGCACAGUUGGGAUCGAUUUCAAAGUAAAAACAGUUUUCAAAAAUGAAAAAAGAAUUAAGCUACAGAUCUGGGACACAGCAGGUCAGGAGAGAUACAGAACAAUUACCACAGCUUACUAUCGGGGUGCAAUGGGUUUCAUUUUAAUGUAUGACAUCACAAAUGAAGAAUCCUUCAAUGCUGUGCAGGAUUGGUCCACUCAAAUCAAAACAUACUCUUGGGAUAAUGCCCAGGUUAUUUUGGUGGGUAACAAAUGUGACAUGGAGGAUGAGCGGGUAAUCUUCACUGAGAGAGGAAAACAUUUAGCAGAGCAACUUGGUUUUGAAUUUUUUGAAACAAGUGCCAAGGACAACAUUAAUGUCAAGCAGACAUUUGAGCGACUUGUGGAUAUCAUCUGUGACAAAAUGUCCGAAAGUCUGGAGACAGAUCCCAACAUCACUGCUGGCAAGCAGAACACACGACUAAAGGACAGCCCUCCACCACAGCAACCCAACUGUGGCUGUUAAUGCGGCUACCAGCAAAGGCAGCUCCAGCGCAUUCUGUUGCCAACAGAGUAUUUAUGAAUGGUCUAUAUGCCUUUAUUUAUACUGUCUUAGUAAUUUAUUUGGGAGAAAAAUCUUUUAUUCUACAUUAGCAUCUAGUUGAGUAUACGUACGAAGAUGGGGAUAUUAAUAGUUUGAAAGAGUAAUCUGUUUUUUAGCUUCUGGCUCUUGCAUGCAGGAUGGCUAUUAGUUUCUCUUUUCUUUUUACUGUUUCUCAUUAUACUUACUUCAGCUAGUGCCAUGUGACUUGCAUCAUCGGUUUCAAAUUUUGUAGUUGAAUACUUAGGGCAGCAGCCAAGGUAUUUUAUAUUUUCUCCUGACCAAAAAUGUAUUUAGAAAUAUUACUUUAAAGAGCCAAUCAGUCAUUCUGUCUAGAUCAUUUAUAAGGAACACUUCCUUGAGCAUACUGCCUGAGUAAGUCUGGGCUCAGUAUGUUACACAUCAUGUGCUUGGAAACUGUAGAAGUUAGAAGGAGCAGACCUCCAGCCUUCCUGGACCUCAAGCUACCUGCCAUUCCUUUGAGAUUCCAACUGGAUAUGGGUAUGGGUGUUCAGUGCAGAUUCUCAGAGAUAUUAGAUACUUCAUCCUGGCUAAGUAGCUACUAUGCUUACAUUUUUGUUUGUUAAGCUCCUUUUGAAACUUUACUCAUUUUCUCAUUCCAACAUGCAGAUACCCUGGUAGUUUCUGCCCUAGCAGAAGAGGUCUGACCAGCUCUUUUUUCUUUCCACCGGUGUUAGAUAUUGAACACUGUUCAGAUAUUAUCCCUAAGAAAGCCAAAUCCAUCACAAUCAGUUGUUCAUAGCCAAAAACUGUCUUGUCCCAUUGCUGUCAAACCUGCAUGCUUAAGCUUUCAGGAGCUGUAUGUCCCAUUCAGUCACUGGGACAGCCAUCACCAUACUGGUUACUAAUUUCACUCAGACCUAAUGUAGAUGUGUUGCUGAUGUCAAUGAGCUUUAGUUUGACCUCAUUUUUUCUUUGAUGAGGAAAUAUUUUUCAUCAGGACUAUCACAGAUUGGCAAUAUUUUGAAAAUAACUUUAGGAAUAAUAAGAAAUAGUUAUCAUUUCCUAAGUUAAAAUGAAUGUAUCUCUAAAAUCAGGAAAAGCUGUGAAGUACACAGACACACACACAAAAAGGCAUAAUAAAGUACAACAAACAAAUUCUGUUUCAAUCAAUUUAAUAAAAAUAGUCAUAUUCUAAAGUUUUAAAAUGGUAAUUGGUGGUACAUCUAUGUCCAGUACGUAGUGCUUCAUGCAACACCUUUAUUUCUGUCACAGUGACAUUUUUAAGCUAAACUGCAUUAUUGUGGAAUUAACUGUUUUAUUGUUCCUAGCAGACGGGCUUUAAGACAAGACUGACGUUUCCCUAACUGUCUGCAAUAAAAAAAAUAAAAAUAAAAAUAAAAAAA